AUGCGUCGACGUUCGGAUUCCUGGUUGAAUGCUACUCAGAUUCUCAAGGUAGCAGGCGUAGCGAAAGCACGCAGAACCAAGACCCUGGAGAAAGAGGUCGCGGCUGGUGAACACGAGAAGGUUCAAGGUGGGUAUGGAAAGUACCAAGGCACAUGGGUCAGUUAUGAGCGUGGUCUAGAGCUUUGCAGACGGUACCAGGUUGAAGAUUUGCUGCGGCCAUUGCUGGAAUAUGAUAUGGGCCAAGACGGUGUCAGCGCAGCAGGACAGGGACAGCUGGACACACCUACAAAGGAACAGGCUCUGGCUGUACAGAGAAAACGCUUUGCACAAGGGCUAGAUGCUCAUAGCGGCCCACAAUCUGGGGGCACCUUUUUCCAAAGCAUAUCUCGGACCGCCGCAACUGCGGUAAACGCCAUCAGCAAAGCUAGAUUUGACACUUCUAUCAGAGGGCCCGAUGGACGACAGCCUAGCAUGACAAGGAAGUCUUCCCAGAUGAGCAGCCAGGAUGCCCAGUAUCAAUCAGCCAGCCAGCAGAGCAUUCAAACUGUUGUGUCCGACAGUGGUUUCGGUAGUAACCUCCAGAACAGCCAACGCAGCUUUGCUGAGUAUACUCAUGAUGAAAACCUAGAACCUCCCCGAAAACGGAUGCGCUCGUCAUCCACCGCGCAGCAAAUGUCUUUCGCCAACAACACACAGCCCACAAGCUCCAUGGCCGAACCGACACCUACUGAGCCUAACGAUUCGUUCUAUCCAGAAGAGUCCGCCAACAAUAGGAUACCCGAUGACCCAAGACAUGGCAUACCCGCACUUCCAGCAGCGACAACGCCCGAGAGAUUCCAGAAAAUGAAACUAAUUAUGACUUUGUUCUUGGAUAAGCGCAUGAAAGAUUUUGAACAUCACCCUGCGUUCCUCACACUCACAGCCGAAGACCUCGAAACACCACUCGAUGAAUUCUUGAAUAGCGCUUUGCACUGGGCUGCGAUGCUGGCACGACUGCCAUUGGUAAAUGCCCUUAUAGCCAAGGGUGUGAAUAUAUUCCGAUUGAAUGCCGCUGGCGAGACUGCAUUGCAGAAGGCCGUUGGGACAAGAAACAACCUUGACUAUCGCAGCUUCUCCAAGCUAUUAAACCUUCUUGGCUCAACCAUAGAGAUUAUUGACUUACACGGACGUACAAUUUUACAUCACAUAUCCAUGAUGGCAGCGACUGGCGGUGGAGGCCAUGUAGCUGCAAAACACUAUCUUGAGUCCCUCUUGGAGUAUAUUGUGCGGCAUGGCGGAACCACCAAUGGUGCAAGUGGAUUCUCAGAAUCGCCCAAGUUUGAAAUCAUUGGUCUAGGUAGGUUCAUGUCAGAGAUGGUGAAUAUCCAGGAUGACCAAGGAGAUACUGCGCUCAACUUGGCAGGAAGAGCUAGGACUGUUCUUGUUCCCCAACUUCUUGAAGUUGGUGCAGACCCUCAUAUUCCGAACAAUACCGGCCUUCGCCCUGCAGAUUACGGUGUGGGUGUGGAUAUGGUCAAUGGAAAUAGUCAGGGUCUCCAGAUUGGCAGUGGAGGUGAUGCACACAUGAGUCAAUUGGCAAGAACGAAGAAGGAGAUUCUUGAAUCUAUUGAGGCUUCAAUAAGUUCCUUUGAUAAAGAGUUGGCCAGCAGUUUCAGUGAGAAACAACAAGAGUUCAACGAGUGGCACGCUAAGAUCAGGGAAAGUGCCAAGGCUCGUCAGAUAGAGCAGAAUCGUCUUGACGAAAUGAAGAAGAAGACGCGAGAACGGAUAGAGCUACAGAGGCAAAUUAAAAAUCUCACAGUGUCCUCAGAAGCUCUUGUGGAACAGCUUCGCCAGUCAAAGAAUGGCGACAGGGCCAGUGAGACUCUGGCGGGCAAAGAUCGAGUCAAGUUCGACAAGCGGAAGAUUGAUGAGCUCUUCCCUGACGGAGCCCGCAUGAGAGCCAACACUGUUGGACAAUGGAGGUUCAUAUUCUCUCUACCGCGUCUAGAGCAAUUGAAGACACGCUUGAAAUGCUGCAAGGAGCAGACGGCCUCGAUACUCGCUGAAGUCGAGAAACUCAAGACGAAGAACGUUGUCCUGGGUGAGAACUAUAGGCGCAUGGUGAUGGCCUGUACAGGGUGGUCGGCUGAAGAUGUCGAUAACGCAGCUGAUGGCUUGACGGACUGCAUUAAAGAUUUAAACAAGAAUCCAGUACCACAAGAUCAAGCCAUUGAGAUUCUGAUGAAAGACAGAGGCCAAGAUUGGUGA